AUGUCAUCCUUGCCCAAGAGAAUUAUUAAAGAGACCGAAAGACUAGUCAGCGACCCAGUUCCUGGCAUCACAGCUGAACCUCACGAUGAUAAUUUAAGGUAUUUCGAAGUUACCAUUGAAGGGCCACAACAAUCUCCGUAUGAAAACGGUGUAUUUGAUUUAGAACUGUUUUUACCUGAUGACUAUCCAAUGGAGGCUCCAAAAGUCCGUUUCUUAACCAAAAUAUACCAUCCUAAUAUCGACAGACUAGGACGUAUAUGUCUAGACGUAUUGAAAACAAACUGGUCUCCAGCUCUACAAAUAAGGACUGUUCUGUUAUCGAUACAAGCACUACUAGCCUCCCCAAAUCCAAACGACCCCUUAGCAAACGAUGUAGCCGAGGAUUGGAUCAAAGAUGAAUCAAGCGCCAUAGACAAAGCAAAACAAUGGACUCAACUCUACGCUCAACCAAAGAAGUAA